AUGGAUUGCUGCAAGGUUGCAUUGCUGCAGCAUAUCGGUUGCAUGUCCACCUGCGUCGGGCCCUUGUCAUUUUGGGCGGAAAGCUGCAGCCUAGUUGCUUCACACACUUCGCCAGAACUAUUUGACGCUUUCGAAAGAACGACUUACCGGCGACUCGCUCUGCCCCGUGCCCUUUCACCCGCUCUUUCAACGCACAGCAACCUAAAAGAUGUCUGGAGAGGUGCACGGAGCCGUGGAAGCGAGAACAAAGGCUUACGCGAUGUUUGCCUGGUCCGCGAGAACAUUCUACAAGAGGUCAUGGCGGGGCGUGGGAUCAGGUCGGAGAUACUAUAG